AUGGACAAGCUCAUCUUCACUUUCACACACGACAUCUUUACGACGCCCUUACGCUCCUUUUCUUUCGCUGUUCUACGCGUGCUGCUGCCUAGUUCUAGGAUUUUGCGUUCCGACCUAUUUAAAGAGUCACGUUUCCCCGCCUUCCUGGACGCCCUUGGUCUCGCUUCCUUCUUGGUCCACCAAAAACGCGUUCGCGAUGAUCGCACGCCAACCACCGAUCGCGAUUCAACAUUGACCACGACUAGUCCGCCCGCGACGCCCUUGUUGUCUCCUUUGCGACACGGCCUGGCUUUGCCAUCGUCCACUUUGCAGGCAACAAUGUCGACUCCAUCAAGUACUGCACCGGAGACGGACGGGAUGCCGCAAACAUCGACACCGUCCGCUGGCGCUGACGAGGGCUCAAUGGACGAGAUACCCCCUCCCCGUACAGUCAAGGUACUCUACACAUUCGACCACGAGAACAAGUCGAAUUGCCUGGCUCGUCUGCCGAGUGUUCUCAGCGUGCCUGUAGUGUCCCUGGAUGAGACAACCGAGGUCGGAGUCAUCGAACUCAAGACGUGCAUUCAGGCUAUUGUUGCUGCAAGUCCCGAGCUGGUCGCCAAACUAGGUCAUGAUUACACCGUCUACGCUUACGACUUCUCCGAGUACGAAACGCCGCUUGUGGGCCAGGGCAUGCUGUCUUGGAUUCUUGCUUCAGCAUCGUCGACCCCCAAUGCCCCCGCCAAAGACUCCCAGACAAUGGUCACUGGUCGUGUGUGCAAGAACAUCCUUGGCAUCUUCUCGAAUGGUAUCAAGGAGACUCUCGAGGUGAAACUGAAACUAGUCCCUGUGCCAACGUGUAUGCAAAAGGAAUAUGUCGAGAACAUGGAGCGAUAUCAUAGUCUCAGUCAGCUGAUGCCUGAAGGGUUCGACUACAAUGCCUGGUCGGACUUUCUCAAAGAGAACCCAAUGCUAAGCCAUCUGGCCCAACCAGCUCCCGGCUACCCCGCACAGCCUUCACCACGCGCUUCUACCGGUGGUGUCGAGCCGUUUCAUCAGAUGCUUACUCGCCAGAGUCCAUCCCAGGAGCCUUCCCGUAACGAUUCUUUCUAUGACCAGACGGGCGUACCCUACAUGUCUCAACCCAUGCGACCCUCGAGCCCUGCCCUGAGCACCGUCUCAUUCCACCAUUACCAAUACAAUCCACCCUCACGCCCUGCAUCCCGAACCUCUGUCCGAAGUGAAGCAGUUCCACCCCCUCAGCCGUUCCCGUUCAGCGAUCCCUAUGUCGUCGAGCAACAGGAAGAAGGACCCCCAAAGAAAAGGGCACGCAUCACCCAGACUACAAGACCGAGAAACACGCCACUGACUGCUCACAACGACUCACUCCGGGUGACUGCCAGCACAGCUGCCUCUGUACGCUUGCUCAAGCCGGCUCUCAGUGCUUCAGGAGCUGCUGCUGAUAUGGUACCACGUGCACCUACCCCCCGCCCAGGCGAGAAGCAAAAUAGGAGAGGAAUGCGUCGUCCACCAGCGCCAAGUGCGUUACGACAUGGUUCUAUGGAUAGACCACGGUACAUGUCUCCGUAUGAAAAUGGGCCCUACUCCGAUAACGCCAUGGAAUCAGCGGAUGAAAGAGAUGGUAGUCCUAGCGAGACCCCUAGAGAAAUGCCCUCCUCGCCUCCAAUUGCACCACAGCGAACCGUAUCGCCUGCUCCUUCCAGCCCCAACCUACCGACGUUAUCCAUGAACGACUCUGGCUUCGUUAGCGACAUGCCUACAGGACGGGAGGGCAUGGAUCUUGGGGAUAAAUCAUGGCAUCGAAAAUCUACAAUACAGCCAAUCGCCGAGAGUAUCGAGAUGGAUUUGGGGAGCACACAAGGUUUCGACUUUGAUAGCAUGGAUCAGGAUAUGUUCAAUUCGGUCUAUUUCCAAGAGGAUCAUACCAAAGACGACAAUGAUCUCAUGUCGAGGAUGUCCAUGCUGCAACAAGACAAUGACCAUGCGGCUGGGCAGAACGGAACUACUGAUGCUUGUGCGUCUGGUUUGAUGGGUCAGACCAAGGUUCAGAAUCUGUCACGCGCAACUGUAUCUACCGCCGGCUCUCCCGAUGCCAUGGUGUCGCACGUCUCUCCCACCGCCGAAAGCGAGGCACUGAUAUUUAGUCGAUCCGCCACACCGAACCUCCCUGUCAAGCAUUCAAAACCAUCGAAACCGAGAGGACUUCCAAGGUCGCAUACAUGGUCUGGUACAGGCGAGCCCAUGUCCGAUGCGCCCACACCUUCAGAGUAUGGUGGACCUCGCAGCGGAUCUGGUGCUAAAAGGAAGAGAUACAUCAAGGACCGGUUAGAGGCAGCCAUUGCCAAAGGCGAGAUGCCACCACAUUGUGUUAACUGUGGAGAGAUCGAUACACCUACUUGGAGGAAAGCCUAUACGCGUGUGGAGAAUGGCUCGCCCACUGGACUUGAAUUGUCGACUGAUUCAGCCGGUACCGACAUCAUUGCGUAUGAAUUGGUAGAACCAUCUACCGACAGCGAUGGCGAGCCAAGAUACCGCAUCUUCAAAAAUAACUUGACCCGCGAAGACAAGGAUUUGAUGGCGGCGAAGUCAAAUAAUGCAUUUGAGGAGCUCAACCUCUGUAACCCAUGUGGACUAUGGCUCAUUAAGAAGUUUUCGAUGAGGCCGCAGAAGGUUUGGGAUAGGGCUGCACGGUUGGCGAAACGCAAGAGGGACCAGAAGAUGGGAGCUCGCUCCAAGUCCAUUGUCGGCGAUGAGCUCAUGUCUGACGCACCCUUGCCAGAAUCUGAGCCUGCUAUGCCAGCCGAGCAAGAGCUGGGUGAUACCGCUCAUGAAAAGAACCAUGAUGGAGCAAUGGCACCACCAAACGGUCUGCCUGGUCUACGUGAACAGGCUGCAUUCCAGCGAGCUAUGCAGUCUAGUCCUGCCGGUGUUCGAGGAUCCAAGGCCUCGCCCAUUGACCUUGAACAUGACCUUACACCAAAGCCUACUAGGCGGAUACUGUUCCCCUCACCCGGGAAGCAAGGCCAGCAAAAGACACUUCAGCAACCGCCGCCUCCUAUCGCCACUCCCAUGCAUGUACAUGAUGAUGACGCCCCAAAAAGGCCCCGUUGUCAACGAUGCAAAGAGCUCAAGCGGGGUUGCGACCGGGAGCGACCUUGUGGCCGUUGUCGACAUGCUGGAAUAGGCCAUGACGGUUGCAUUCCCAUUGUGACAAAGCAAGCAAACUGGUUUGAGCAGCCUGUAGUACAAGUCGCCACUCUUGACGACGAGAAUCCCGACAAAGAGAACUGUCCACCUCCUUCUUCCACAGGACGAGAUGAACUUGCUCACCUUUUUGAAGAUGCGGUGUCGCCAAAGACUACGCCAAAGAAGGAUCUGAGCUCCCAAGAUCUCUUGAAGACGCCCACUCCAGGCACCCGACAGCGCGCCACGUUGACACCAAAACGAGGUGAACUUCCUGCAACACCCGGCCGCAGCAUUUUCACUCCUCGUGGAACUCGCGCGGCGACAAUCGCACCCGAGACGCCGUUUACACGUUCACUCAAUGCGUUAUUGUCUGACCAUCCUAUCUCGUCACCUUCCCAAACUAUGGACUUUUCUGAAUUCCCCACUUUCACUACGCCCGGUCGUAGCGCUGCCGAAUUCAGUCAGUUCCUGCCCGAGGACUUUCUUUCAAGCGACAUGCCCGUGAAUAGUUCUCCAUCAAAGACAGGCUCGCUAGGCCCAGGUUUCGAUCUCUAUGAAGACCCCAAUACAUCUUCCGCUGCUGGUCUGUGGAAUGGGGAGAACAUCUUCGGUAACGAAACCAUGAUGUUGACUAUGGAGAACGGGUCCAGACGCGGUAGUCUUGAUGCCGACAACAGUCCCGAUGCAGCUGCCUUGCUCAAGAUGAACUACGGUGGCAUGACUGUAGACUUCGCAGCCAUGAUCGAGGAGGUGGUCGGUGCGUCGAACAAGGACAUGGACUUGAACAAUACCGCGAGAGAGGACACCGAGGACGAUGUCAAGCCCGCUGUACCCAUAAGCCCGGAAGCUGAAAGUCAGUGCGUUGGUAAGACACCAGAGGAGCCUACUUCCGUGUGA